AUGGGAGAGGAGGCACCUGAAGUUAGUAAGAAGGACGUCAACACUAUGGAAGCUAUGGGAGAGUUGGGAACCUCAAACCAACCAGGAAAGUGCCAUGAAAAGGAAGGAAGAAACGAUCAACAAAAAGACGAGCCGCAAAAUCCAGGGGACAAAAAAAUGAAGAUUCCUAGUCCCGCUAUCUAUUUAACCAUCCUGGAGAAAGUACCGACGCUGGAAGAAGAAGAGAAGUCUGCCAUUGGAGAAUCAAAAAUGGAUAUGGACAGCCUAACAGAUAAAGAACAAGAAGAAGUAGUGAAACUCUUUGAGAUGAAGAAAGAAUUAUUUGCAGGAAGUUUGAAGGAGCUUAUUCUGAUGUGA